UCUUGCUAAAGUUUCUUGUUUGUGUACAUAUUCUCAGUGUUGGUUUUUAAAGGCUCACGUUAGCUAGGCUAAUGCGAUUAAUGUCUGUCUAUUUUCUGGCAUAAAUAAGAAUUAAAUCAAACCAAUACAAUGGGAUGCGAUGGUGGUACGAUUCCAAAAAGACACGAGCUGGUAAAAGGACCCAAAAAAGUUGAAAAGGUUGAUAAAAACGCGGAACUGAUCGCGCGAUGGAGCUAUUGUGCGUUGAGCCAGGAGAAACUUCGACGGCCCAUCGUGGCCUGUGAGCUGGGCAGACUGUACAAUAAAGACGCUGUGAUCGAAUACCUGUUGGACAAAUCUGCAGAGAGACCCAACACGGAGGUGGUGGUCCAUAUCCGUGGGAUUAAGGAUGUGAAGGAGCUGAACCUGACGGAUAACCCAGCCUGGGAGGGGGAGAGAGCCAACUCGAAGGGAGACCGUUACGAGGACGUGCACCGCGCCAUGUUCAUCUGCCCUGUGGUGGGCCUGGAGAUGAACGGAAAACACAAGUUCUGCUACCUGCACACCUGCGGGUGCGUGUUCUCUGAACGUGCCCUCCGGGAGGUCAAGACCGAGAUCUGCCACAAGUGCGGCGACCCCUUCCAGGAAGAUGACCUGGUGAUUCUGAACGGCAGCAAAGAGGAGACGGAGAGACUGCAGCAGAGAAUGGAGGAGAGGAGAGCCCGAGCCAAGCUGGGGAAGAAAUCUAAGAAGAAUAAGGCUGCUGUUUCCAAGCCAGAGGAAGUGAAAGAAAACCCGGCCCCUGCCAAAGCCAGCUCCUCGGAGCCCAAAUCGCUGGAGGAGAACGGAGAGGAAGGAGGCUCCAUGGGCCAAGGGCCCUCCACCUCCUCCAAGCUCUCCAAGCCCACAGCGGUGGUGGGCAGCAAGCGCUCCAUCCAGGAGAUGCCGGGGAAGUCCGAGACCUACAAGUCUCUGUUCACCACCCACAGCACUGCCAAACGCAGCAAGGACCAGACCUCCAACUGGGUCACCCACACCCCCUACCACUUCUGACCGGUCCCCUCUGCCCCCAUCAGCGGUUCCCUAAAAUACCGCCAUGUUCUGCUCCUCAAGCCCCCCGCCAUCUUAGUCUACCUUUCAGGCCCAUCCACACCACAAACGAGGAACAUAACGCUCAGUGUAAAUAUGUCGUUUUAAAAAUCGUUCUUACUCAAGCGUAUGGUGGAGUCCACACCGCAAAUGUAUCGACAACGACAGUGUCAAUCAAUGUCAUUGGGAUCGUUUUCAGAGCGAUUUUCUUCUAGCUCCGUGAACAAUAAAACACUGAGACACUCUCAUCCUAAUUUGCAGGGCGUCACGUACAAAAUGGCGGCUGACCUAUUGCGGCAGAAACUAUUGACAGAGCGUUAUCGUUCUGCUGUGUGGAUGCUCAUAUCGUUAUGGUUAUGGUUAUAGUUAUGGUUAUGGUUAUAGUUCUGUGUCUGGAUGGGCCUUGUCAGAAUGUGCAAAAUGUCACCUUCAAGUGUCCUCCCCUCUCCUGUAGUACUGUGGGGCUUGUGGCAUGUAAACAGUGAACUUUGUUCCACUUCAAUUUCAGUUGGCUUUCUAAAUUGACUCGAUGGAAAUGGAAUUAGCCCAAACCCUGCUCUGAUUAUUAGCCCCGAUAUUGCCUUUAUAUUACUUCACUGCUUCGCUGUCUAUGUGGGAUUUUAUUAUUUUAACUUGUGAUGAAUUUAAGUAAACCGAAAGCUUGAGUGAGUCGAUUUCUUUUUCUCUUUUUUACCCUCUUCCCCUUGUUCAAUUUGAUAAAAAAAAAAAAAAUGUUAUGUUAUUGUGGUGCAUCUAGAAGGAAGUCUGCAUGUGGCUGUGGCUGUAGUCACAGAACUUUUUUUCCCCUAAUUACGGCCACAGCCUGGUGUGAGGUUCUGCUGGUUCUGUUGUAAGGAAUUGUCUCCUUUUGGCUUCAGCGGUUGUUUUGCGUUUUUUUUUCUUCUUUUUUUUUGAUGAACCACGAUUACCGAGUGAAUGGAAUAAAGAUGGAAAUUGUAUUCAAAAAA